UUUUUAAACACUGAUUUCUUUUACACCCAUAAAAGCCGUAAAAGCAAUAAUUUAUAUUUCUCUCUGGCUGCAUUCCUGCAGCCAUUAAGAAAUACUGUGCGAGCUGUUAUUGGUCACAGCUUGUCACAUGGUACAAGGCUCUUGUGAAUAGCCUUGUACCAUGUGAUUUCACAAGUAGUAAGCAAUGAUUUCAGGAAGUGACAUCUUGUUUGCUACUGCUCGUGUGAUCACUGAUUGGCCAAUCAGUGAUCACUGAUUGGCCAAUCAGUGAUCACA